GCAAUUUACACUGAGGUCACGAGCUGAGGUCAUGAAGAGUGUCUCCCACGUGUACCUACGUUCAACCCUACUUCUCUUUACCAAAGACAUCAACUUCAUCUUACUGUGUCGUGCGAAUCCUUAACAAUGAUCAUCUACAAGGACCUUGUAUCUGGAGCGGAGGUGUUGACCGACUCUUAUCCGUGUGUAGAGUUAUUUGAUGGAGUGCUGUAUGAAGUUACAGGAAAGCUAACCACUGAGACUACUGACAUUGACGAUAGCUUAAUUGGUGGUAAUGCAAGUGCCGAGGCAGAACCCGGUGAAGGUGGGGCCGAGUCUUCGUCUAAAUCCGGCAUUAAUAUUGUAUUUGCCAACAAGUUAGAGGAUGUAGAUAUGACAAAAAAAGAAUUCAAGACCUGGCUGAAGAACUACUCAAUUGGCAUCAAGGCUCGUUUGGCAGGGAACCCUCGUCUCGAGACAUUUGUUAAAAAUGGGACGGAUGCAGCAAAAAAAUUACUCAGCAUAUUUGAUGAUUGCCAGAUCUUUGUGGGUGAGAAUUGUGUGUCACAGCAAUUCGACAAACCUCCAGAGGGUCCGUGUGCCAUUGUUCUGGCCUUGUAUGAGCAGGAUGGCAAGACAGUGAAGAUGUAUUACUGGAGGGACGGCCUCGAGGAAGAGAAAGCUUAAUUCAACCACAGAUCAAGUGCUGAAUAUAUAUGCAGCUACAAACUCUAUUUAGAAGUAAUUUUUUAUUCAUGGAGGAAUGUCAAUGAGGAAGUUAUAAUUAUUUAAAACAUGUGAA